AUGGCUAUGCAUGGCAGGUCUAGUAGCCGAGGCUCCAGAAAUGAGGGCGAAAAAGACACGGAGACGCAAGAAAACAAUGGAUAUGUUCAGAUUUUUGUGAAGCCAUUGGAACAGCGAAAAUACAGUAUGGUUUUGAGUUGGAUCGGCCUCUCUAGUACAAAGAUGUCGGCCCAACAGUGCUGGGUGAUGUAUGGCUGUAGUGCUUUGCUCUUCAGUCUGCUACUGUAUCAUCUCAUUCAAUGCGAUUUGGGGUUUGUGUUUGAAAAAUUCUGUGGCCUAACAAUGCCCAUCUGUAGCAUUUUGUGUGGGUACUACUGGAUUGCCCUGUAUUUACGUAAAACAUGGAGCACGACCAGUGUUUACUUUUUAUUCUGUUCCUGUUUUGUGGGCGAGUUUAUUGGUCAGUGUUUUUUCAGUGGUUUAGAGGAGGACUACAUUUCACAACCUUUAGUGGUGUUCUCAGUGUUGGCAUCUGUCAGUGUGGCGAGUGUUUUCUCGAGCCUCGAAACCACCCAGAGCUCAAUCGUCAUCAUUUUUGUCAGCUUUACACGAUUCCUGGCAUGCGUUACACUGACAGACCUACCCCAGGUCCUGCGACCUCUUGCCGUUUACUUCAGUGGAAUCGGAGGGGUUAUAGCAGCCAAGUAUAUGGAGACAGUUUUCAAACCCCCAAUCAAUAAUUUCAUGACACAGGAUGGAAAAAUACCAGUGAUUAAACGUCGGCGUUCAAGUUCUUCAAGCGCCCAUGGAUUCUCGUCAACACGGCCUGGACGGCGGACGUCUCUCCCUGCGCUCAUACAGAAAAGUCAGUGUUCAACAACGAGUUAUGAAUCGGCAAUAAUCAGUGAAGCACAUGGCCUCAUUAAUGACAUGCUGGCUGACCCUAAUCUUCCUCCGCAUGUCGUGAGUGGACUGCGCGCCAUUAGCAACCUUCUCAAACCACAGGAGAAUCACAUGCCCCACAAUAAACCUAAGAUCAGCCCUCUCGUUUCACUGGCGGAGUCCUCCAACUAUGGCUCGGAUACUGAAGACCUGCCCUACACUGGGGAGAGGCCAUCUUCGUUACCCAAGCGUCUACGUCGCAGUCUUCCACCCAGCUUACUGCGCAGAAUGUCAACAAGUACUUGGACCACAACAACCUCGGCUACAGGAAUGCCCACCUUGGAGCCAGAGCCAUGCCGCCAACGUAGUGCCAGUGUUCGUCUGUCUCGAGAUGCCCAACCAGGAACAAGCCCUGUGACGAGCCGUAGCAAUAGCCCCUCACCAAAUUCCCCUACAACAGUCUGCUUAACGAUACCAAAAUCUCGAUCAUUUUCCAUAGCGACAGCUGGGACGUUAGCACCGCCUCCUAAACGCUCCACCAGAGAGCGUAACAAAAGUCUUUUCGCGCCUGGGCAAGGUCCAGCAGCAGAACCGAUAACAACUGCUAGUCCGAGCCAACAUGAUACAAAACCUGUUUCUCCGUUAGUUGCGGGAGAUUCACAGCAACAGGAAGAGACACUGACUCUGAAAGACCAGGAUUCUGUCCAAGGGUCAAGUGUGAAGCAACGUCUUACUGUGACAUCGGACUAUGAGAGUAGUGAUUCCCCAAGUGAUCAUAGUGAUAACAUAACGAAUACAGAGGAAGGUGGUUCUCAUCGGAAAGAGGUGCCAGGGACUGAGAUUAAACCUGAUGAAGCGCCUCGGCCUCAGGUGACAUUUAAGGAGGAAAGAAAAGUGAUUGAAGAAGCGUGUUCAGUGCCAGUGAUUCGACACGACCACGAUUCAAACUUUAAAAAUAGCGUCGGGACUUUGGGUGCAUUAAGUGUGGAUUUAUCCAAUAUAGACAAAUAUGAGCAUUUAUAUAUUUCCAAACUCAAUCAGUGGGAUUAUCCUAUAUUUGACUUUUCUAACGAUGCUCAGGAUACUUGUUUGUCAAAACUAGCCUAUAAAUUGUUUUCCGAAGUAGGAUUUUUCGACACAUUCCGUAUACCUCUGCCAGAAUUUCUCAACUACUUCCAUGCAUUGGAAUUAGGCUAUCGAGAAAAGCCAUAUCACAAUCGGUUGCAUGCCACAGAUGUGUUACACGGGGUGUACUACCUCACAACUCAGGCCAUCCCAGGGUUCCAGCAGGUCAACCCCGAGGGAGAUGGGUUCAACAAGCAGGGCUCAUCUAGUGAAUCAGAUUCAGAAACAGAACGACCGAACUUAAAUCACAGACGGAGUUUCAUUGCUGAGGACACAUACGGGAUCAUGGGCGGGAACUUCCCGCCAUUGGAGUUGAUGGCGUUAUAUACUGCUGCUGCCAUGCAUGACUACGAUCAUCCUGGUCGGACAAAUGCUUUCUUGGUAGCAACGCAUGCAUCACAAGCUGUUUUGUACAACGAUCGAUCAGUAUUAGAGAAUCACCAUGCAGCGGCCGCGUGGCACCUCCUAUUGUCAGACAAGAGAUUUAACUUCCUACAACACCUAGAGAAGGCUGAGUUCAAACGAUUCCGCUUCCUGGUUAUUGAAUCAAUACUCGCUACAGACUUAAAACGACACUUUGAGAUUUUAGCAGAAUUUAAUGCAAAGUAUCCAGAGAAAAAAUCAUGUUCAUGUGAGACGAAUGACAAUGAUGCGCCUGGUGUUGAUUGGACGGUAGAGAGUGACCGUAUUCUAGUCUCACAAGUCGUGAUCAAACUCGCCGAUAUCAACGGCCCAGCAAAGUCAAAGGAUCUUCAUGUCUCGUGGACUUACAGAAUAACAGAGGAGUUUUAUGAGCAGGGUGACGAGGAGGCUAAGCUUGGGAUGCCUAUCUCCCCAUACAUGGACAGAAAGAAUCCCCAACUCGCCAAACUCCAAAUGUCCUUCAUCAACCACUUGGUGGCACCACUAGUCAAUGCAUGUUCGUCUGCUGGACUCCUGCCUGGGCAGUGGAUCGAGGAUGAUGGGACUGACAAUGAUGUUCAUUCAGGAAGUGACGGGAAUAACACAGACAACACGGAGGAUGAGGAAACAGGUUCAGACACAAACUCAGUACCAGAAAACAAUCACCUGACAUUACCCAAGCCGCGGAAGAAGUUAAAGAAGAUUGCAUGUACGUUAACGAAGAAUCUGAAGGAUAACCUGGAUAUGUGGACUCAGACAGUGAAGGAGGAGAGUCAGGAAGAGGCAGCUAAAGAGGAGAUGCAGGCGUCGCUGGACGCAUCACGACAGAGUGAAAUGGAAACAAUCAAAGAGGAAUCUAAGGAAGAUGAAUCCGCACCAAACUCACCAAAUACGCAAGCCACAGAGGCUAAGACAGACAACGAAUCAGAGCCUUCCACACAAAAAAACACCAACAGCUGAUUGGCUGAAACUGUUCUGUCUCUUCCUUAGACAAGCUCUGAUUGGUCAAGCUUGUGAUGCUGUGCCAGUUUUAUUGGCUGAGACUCUAUACUUCCUUUGAACUGAGGCUCUCAUUGGUCGAGUAUGUGGAGUGGACAUGAAUCGAAAGAUCUCUUGGCGUCCAACCAGGUCCUUUAAUUGAAUGAAAAGGGAUCAUUAAGGUCACUCACUUGAGUUUGCUGAGCAUGUGUAAAGGCGUGACGCUUGUUACAAGUUUAUACAGAGUGAUGUUGACUUAGUCUGGAUUUGGUGUUCUUUGGCUGUCCAGGUUGGAAAGAGCAAGAUGUGAUGAAUUAGUUCAUUGUGGUUGGCCUAAAAUCGCUGUGUAUUUCAUAUGGACUUUGUGUACAGAGCUUGAAUUGGAAUUGUUUUAAUGUGAAAUGAUAUUGGUAUUGGCUGGUGCUUUCUAGUCAGCUUCAGUCUCAAGGACUGUACAGGGCGUUUCAAUAAAACAAAGCCCAGACAAAAUGUGCGUUGUUCAAUAAAGUGUAGAUGCCAUCAAUCAAUCAUGAGGUUGAGCAAUAACUUUUCCUUUGAUUCUUUUCAUUGCAAGCCUAUUGUCUCAGAAGACAGACAUUGUUUUUGCAAUGACAUGUACACUCUUGAAUAAUAAUAUUUUUUGUUUGGGUUUAGUCCUUAUUGAAACGCCCUGUACAUAUUCUACUUGGGGACGGCAGAUCUAGGCAAUGGGAAACAACUUUCUGGUCUACGCUAAUGAUAAGCUUAUACUGCCUCGUCAAUAGUUAAACAGUGCUUUCAUGCUAAUCUCGGUUGGUGUCCAUUGGGAGAAUGGUAUGCGUUCUGUGAUGUCUCAGGUGUGAGGGGUUAAACACGUUUUCAUCUGAAAAAGGACAGCACUCGUCGGAAGUUCGGUAUUCUACUUGGUGAUUCAUAUACAUAUGUACAGUAAAUUAAUGUUUAACUAUUUUAACACCUUCAGCGCCGAACCACGUAGAUCUACGUGGCCAAAAUCCCCCCUCCCCUUUGAGCUGGUUAUCGGAGUCUCAUGGCCUUCAUGAAAGAACUACGCCAUCGCCAUCUUCAGGGCAAGGCAGGAACUGAAACGACCGUUUGGUCUUCAGUUCCUACGGUGCCCUGAAGAUGGCGAUGGCGUUGUUCAGAACUUCAAAUGACUUCAUGAAAGAACUACGCCAUCGCCAUCUUCAGGGCAAGGUUGGAACCGAGACCGCUGAAAAGACUGUUUGGUCUUUUCAGUUCCUACCUUGCCCUGAAGAUGGCGAUGGCGUAGUUCUUUCAUGAAAUCCAUGAGUUUCCGAUAACCAGCUCAAAGGGGAGGGGGAUUUGCGCCACGUAGAUCUACGUGGUUCGGCGCUGAAGGUGUUAACAAUGAAUAGCUGUGAAAUUCUGGUGCGUAUACAUGUUCUAUUGUACAUACAUCACACUAUGUAAUAUGAAUGUUGUAAGAGCAGUGUCUGUGACAUUUGUAUUGUUUUAAUUCAUCUUUUGUGUGAGGCUCUGAAUAACAUGAGUUCAUGAAAAUUCUGAUACUUAAUGAUUUUAUAGGUUAGUUUUAAGAAUCGCCCAAUGGUUUAAGUCUAUUUAUUGUGUGAGACUCACUUUUAAGACUAAAGAGCCCCCUGUCUUUUAUUCUUCCAAUGCUUUCCUGAUGAUUUGAGUGGAUUGACAGCUUUUCCAAUGCCUCAGUUCCACCAUAAAUGUUGAUGAAACUUUAGGCAUAUGACAAUAUUGGUUCCAGGAGGUCAUGCACCUUAUCAAAAGAAAUAUCAAUAUCCUUCGAAAUGAAACUGCCUUUUCUUCCAAUAACUCAUUUUAAUGUCUGUUUUAUGUUCUAAUUUCUUCCAAGGUGUUCAUGUCAUCGAUCUAUAAAGAUUAAGAACAUGGUUGUGACAUUGUAUAUUUUGUACAUAAAUAAGUCGAUGAAGGUUGCUAUUCUAUUCAAAGGAAACCUUUUCAUGACUCAUAACCAGUUGAUGUUGAUUUUAUAUUUACUUCUGUACUGUUUGUGACUUUGUGUACUUUGGAAUGUAUCAAUAUAAUACCCCUGUACAUAAGCCUAUUAAUGUAAGUUAUGUCUAAGUAAGGGCUUAAUUGUAUACUUGCCAUUGGCACCUUGAUGACCAGGUGGCACUGACACUUCCCUUUACAUUUGAAACCUGUGUAUCAUGUUAAUAGAGUGGGAGGGGGUUUACUUUGAUCCAGUAAACCCAAUUUUUUGACAAAAAAGCACCUCAUCCAGCAUUUGGUUCACCCCUGGUAAAGAAGUGAUUUAAGAAUGGUCCUGUUCGAGAAUAUAGCGAUGUAUACUUUUCAAUAUAGCUUUGUAUGCUUGUCCAUUCGGCUGUUUUGGAAGCCCAUCACUUGUGCUUGUGACAAGCAUGAGCAUUUGAGCUUGACAUGAAUGUUAAUUGUUUCUGUUUACAAGGAGUUGCUCUGCUUCAUUCGGAAAGCGCAUGGACAGUGGUUGCUGUGCACUUCUGUAUGGGUCUAACGAGCCCCUUCUUAAUGUGGUAUUGCUUAACGAAGGGAUUAUUUUAAUGUCUACUCAUAACAACCUUGUUAAAAACCUGAGAUUAUUAUUUAUUGGGAGCAACUCAGAACGAUUAGCACUUAAAGCGCUAAUCUUGUCAAGUGCUUUUCCUGACUUUAUAAGGCUAUAACAGUACUGGUACGUUCAACUUAAUUGUUAAGUUAUCAAGACCCUCAGGUUCUGUCAUAUUUUAUCUUUACAAAUUUUAGUCAGAAUCAGAUUGUUGAUUUUUUGCAUGCCCUUGUUGAUUGAAUGACGAUUCCCCAAUCUGUUUGACUAUCCAAUGACAUUGAAUAUAGUUUGAUUGUAAAUCUACAUUUGACAACAUCUGGUAACUUUGAAAUAACUGUGUUGACAUGAUUAACCCAGCUGAGGAGCACCUGUAAAAAGGCCUAUUUUACCUGUGAUAGGCCUAUAUGUAACAGACGAGGAGCCUUGACUGGCUUAAAUAAGUCAACACAGUAGUUGAUUAAUUUCCUCUCGCUUCACUGAGGCCUACUGGUACAAUAUUGUUUAUUGUAAUCAUGAACCAAUACUCCAUUUUGUGGAGUCAUCGUGUAAAUAUUUGUAGAUCCUCGCAGAUAAUUUAUAAUAUGAUAAUUCAUCUAGACAGUAUACCUAUAAUAUAUUGUCAUAUUUAAAUGUAGACAGUACCGGUAUGUAUUUAACACAUCGAGAAGACAGUGCUAGAUCACUGUUGAUGAAGCUUAACAUCCACAUUCACUUAAGUCAUGGUCUUGAAAUAAGUUUUUCUGAUGAUGGUGUCCGUCGUAUUUUUGGACAGUUAAAAGAAUCACUGUUCAGAACAGACUCUGUCCAAAAAACAACGAAAUUAAAAAAAAACACUUUUCAAAAAAUAUUUUCAUACUCGGUCCUUGCGGGUGGUCCAAUUUGAUUGGUUAUAUAUUUGAACCAGUCGUUGUACAGAGAUGAAACAUGACAUUCUUUCCAUUAAAACAAUGGAAGAUAAUAUAUAUUUUGAAAUUUUGUAUAAAUCAAGUUAAACUGUGUAUUUUAUCAUCUCUGGGGAUCGAGUGAUGAGUUAUUUGUUUUUCCUGUCGAGAGAAGUUGAGAAGAGGAAGAUAUUAGGCCAACAAAUACUGUAAUAAAUAAGAUAAUGGGAGUGAGCAGGUUUAAAUUGAAUGAAAGUAAACUGAGGUCAGAAAAUGUUAAAGAGCGUCAUGUAGGUUGCAUGGCUUCAUCUCCUCAAUAUCUCUUAUACAUGUCAUAUGGUAUGACAAAGUCAUUGUGUUAUAAAAUACAUUGUGUUAUAGAUACAGUCUGCCCUGUGUUCAUUUAUGUGCAGAAAGUGGUGAUAUAUUAUGUGACAAUGAGGAGGAUAUGACCAGGGGUGCAUUGUCAGUCUCUAUCCGGAUACCAGAAGUAAAGAAUUAAAAUCAAUUUA